AAGGCACCCACAGAGAGAGAACUCAAAGAAGAAGAAUGAUAGAGCUGACGUCGACCCAUGAAAUCUCCCUUUUGAUGGAAUAUUAUUUCACCCUCACAUUAGUGCUAUGUGUGCCCAUUUUCUUCGUUCUCUUUCGCAGAUGGUCCUCCGUUACUACCAAAAAUCCACCACCUUCUCCACCAAAGCUCCCUUUCCUUGGGAACCUUCAUCAACUAGACUCACAUCCUCAUCGCUCACUCCAAGCCUUAGCUCAUCGCCAUGGCCCCCUCAUGCUCCUCCAUUUUGGAAGUGUCCCAGUCCUUGUUGUCUCCACGGCUGAGGCUGCGCGUGAGGUCUUGAAAACACAUGACCUCACAAUUGCCAGCAGACCAAAGUCCACCGUCUUUAAGAAGCUUCUCUACAAUUACAAAGAUAUGGCGUCUGCACCUUAUGGUGAGUACUGGAGGCAGUUGAGGAGUAUAUGUGUUUUAAAUCUUCUGAGCACCAAAAGGGUUCGCUCUUUUCGUGCAGUGAGAGAAGAGGAAACAAAAAUCAUGAUCAACAGGAUAGAACAGUCAUGUAUAUCCUCCUCCUCAAAGUCAUCAGUCGUGAAUUUAAGGGAGAUGUUUGUGAUGCUUACUAUUGAUGUCGCCUGUAGAGUGACUACAAGGAGGAAGUACAGUAGCAUCGUUGGGGAAGAUGGUAACAAAAUAUUGUUUAAGGAUCUUGUGGGGGAGUUUAUUGAGUUAUUGGGAGGUAUCUAUAUUGGAGACUAUAUCCCAUGGCUCGCUUGGUUAACUCGUGUCAAUGGUUUGGACUCUAAAUUAGACAAGGUGGCUAAACAAUUUGAUGACCUUUUAGAUCGAGUGAUUCAAGAUCAUAUCGACCAACGUUCAAAGAGUGGAAACAUUAAUGGCAAUGUGAAUCAUACCGAUGAUCAGGACGAAAACGGCCAAAAGGAUUUCGUAGACGUUUUACUUGGGAUUCAAGAAGACAACUCAUCAAUUGGAUUACCUAUUGAUAGAGUCACCGUAAAGGCUCUCAUCAUGGACAUGUUUUCCGGUGGCACCGAUACAUCAUAUACACUCCUAGAGUGGACAAUGGCAGAGCUUUUGAGACAUCCAAGAGUAAUGAAAAAAUUGCAAAAUGAGGUCAGGGGAAUAGCGGGAAACAAAUCAGAGAUCACCGAGGAUGAUUUGAAUGGUAUGAACUACUUGAAGGCUGUGAUCAAGGAAACUCUUCGCUUACAUCCUCCGUUAACUUUAUUAUUCAGGAUUUCAACUGAAGGUAUGAAAAUAAAGGGUUAUAACGUUAAAGCCAACACACAAAUUAUAGUUAACGCAUGGCAGAUAGGAAGAGAUCCUAAAUCAUACAACAACCCAGACAAGUAUGAACCGGAGAGGUUCCUGAACAGUGAUGUAGAUUAUAUAGGGAAUCAUUUCGAAUUUAUUCCAUUUGGGGCUGGAAGGAGGAGCUGCCCCGGAAUUCAGUACGCCGCUAUGGUUAAUGAGAUUGCUUUGGCAAAUUUGGUGCACAAGUUCGACUGGGUAGUGGCUGGUGGAGUAGGAGCCCAUGAUAUAGACAUGACUGAAUCCACCGGCGUCAAAACACAAAUGAAGUAUCCUCUCAAAGUCGUUGCUACCCCCUAUUCAUAUAAAAUCAAGAUAGAGGAAUUGUAGUUGUUGCCUUCAGUUUCAUUGGUAUGAAACUAUGAAUAAUGUAAUUUGCUUCUUGCUUUCGGUGA